AUGGGUAGUACAGAUUUUAGAAAGGAAGUGACUAUGCCCGCGCGGCCUAGGAGUGUUUAUACAGCUCAUUCUUACAAUCAGGAAGAAUCAAACUUGACCGCUUUCCAAGACUACAGCAAAUUUCUGGAAGGAGGCUUGGGGCAAGCCGAGCUUGUGGGUGCGGCUGCAUGGCAGCCACCGUGGCGGGCACCUCUUCAACGCAAAGCUCCGUUCUAUCCCGGCGAUGACAUCUACCAUGCUGACACUUGGAGGGAUUUAGAGGUGACGGAUGCAGUAGGCGGCGCUCGUUAUAACGCUUCAGUGACUCCGCACGGUACGGUUUGUCUGAGGCUCAGAGACCGCGUGAAAGUGGACAUGACGGUAGACGGCGCCGUCCGUGUAACAAACGCUAAGUACAACAUUGUACUAGCGCUAUCACAAUCGGGGGCUGCCGCCGCGUUGAUCCACCCCAAUGGAAGAGUGUACAACUAUCGUUCCCGAGUUGAGAUCCAAGCGCAUCACCAGCAGGGUAACAAUAAGUAUGCAAAGAUGUGGUACAAGGGAGUUUCUUUUACUGCGGAGCAGUGUGCCCUUGUGUACCUCGUAGAUGCGGCCGGGACUCGUACCACUACCGACACGUUCCUUGACAUGAGCCAGGACUUCACACUAAACGUCUUUUACAACGAGUCUGGACACGGGCCAUCGUACGUGAACAAAGCCAUGUCACUGCUUCAAGCAAUGCAGUACUGGCUUACCGAUGAUGGCAUCGACAACUGGAUCAUCAAUAACGUGCGCGUCAGCCAGACUGCCGACGGCCUUGUGCGCAUUCAUCGCUGCAGCCACAAGUACCAGUUGCGUACCAGUCCUAGUAACGGCUCUGCUUCCAUCACCAGCCCAUUUGUACAUUGCACGGCAUCGCUUGGUCAGACACAACAUCUGUUUGUGCGUCGUGGAGAACGGCGUAUGCAUUUCGACGGCAACUCCUUUAUAGUGCGCAACGCGGGCCACUCGGCCGGUUUUGAUGACAAGAAUCAACUAAAAGUGUAUUAA